CAGAGAUAAUGUUGAUGUAAGUUUACGGUAAGUUACAACUUACAAGAUCAAAUUGAAGUGCCUAAAUCAAAUCAAAUUCAACUUUUCAUCCAAAAAACAUUGUCUAUUGCGGUCUGGGCUAGAUUCUACAUUUCUACGGGAUGGGGGGGUUCUGGUCGGGCUUCAAAGCGCUGGAAUGGCAGAUUAUCUCCACGGGAAGCCGAAUUGGUCGGUAUAAGAGAAAAGCUCUUACUUGGAUUAAACAACAAGAUUGGGGUUUUGUGGAUGUCGAGUCCGACGCUUCUCGUGUUAUUUAUGAAAUUCGGGAGGGCUCUAGUGUUUCGGCAUCAGGUUUGGUUGCUGGUGAUAUUCGAGAUAUUCGUUUUAGGUUUACGAACAUCUGUUUUCACUAUAUUUGGCGAUCUGCGAACAAAGUGGCCAAUGAGUCUGCUAAAACCGCUUGUUCUACGUCUGAUGGCCAGUUGGGGUUGUGUUAUCCU